AUGGGGUCGGAGUGUGGAGAUGUUCACAUUGAAGAUUCCGAUGAAUCCCUUUUGGAUUUUAAAGAAGUACUAGCAAUCGAAGAUUUGGAGUGUGAUAUCCCUCAAAUCGCUCCCCCAUCACUUGAAAAUAUACUAUGGGAUCUAGAAUCGGAGGGUAGCGAUAGUGCUUCGUUGCAUUCCCUUCAAAGCAUGACCAAUAAGUUCCAUUCUUUAUUAUACCAUUGUGUUUUGCAAGGUUUAUCAUCACAGAUUGCUUCUGCCUCAGACAAAGUCAAUGCUGGCUCACCAACUGCCAUUACUAACAGUACCAAUUACAUAGCAGUCGGUACUUCCCAUGGUUAUAUACUGGCGUUCGAUUGUCAACAAAAUUUAUGUUGGUACUCCCACGAUGCUGCGACAAUAGACCAGGGUGCUGUUUCUGCCAUAUCGUUUAAUCUAGAAUCAACUCGUCUCUUAGUAGGAUACGAAAGGGGUUACAUUUCGAUGAUAGACGCAACAUCGGGGGACGUCCUUCGACGUUUACCCGACGCCCAUGCGCCCCAAACAGCCGUACUAUCCUUAAGAUUCACCUACUUGAACAAUUUAGCGCUCUGCGGAGACUCCUCGGGAUGCGUAUUUUCGCUUCUAUUCAAUCGCAGGCUCGGAGUCAGAACGUGGAAUUCGAAAUGCCUGUUCUCGGGCGCCCGAGGGGAAGUUUGCACCUUCGAGCCGCUCGUUCGAGGCCACGAUAGUAAUUUCUUGACUAAUCAUGUUUUAGUCGCAAUGGCAACUCUAUCAAAGGUUAUAGUUAUAUCGGUUCGACCAAAAUUACAAGUACAUUAUAGUCAACAAUUACCAAGAAUAUCGACAUCUUUACCGCUACUCUCCUGGCAGUUAGUUUCAGUAGGAAAAUCGUUUCAACCGGUAUUAGCUUGGGGUAGAGGAAAUGAAUUACAUUAUACUCGUCUAGUAUCGCACGGCUACAAUAACAGUAGAAUUACAUUAUUUCCUUUGAGAAAAAUUACAGUACCGUACACGAUGAACGCCCUUCAUUGGCUGGGCACUCGCCAUUUGGCCAUAUUAGACACUAGCGAGAAUCUGAGAUUGGUCGAAGUGAGGAACCAAAGGGAAUUGGAGAUUUUGGAGGUUUCUAACGCUGGAUUGGUGUACAAUUCCGCGCAUUUCAAGGCGCUCGCCGUCGGAGGCGGCGUUAGCGAGGCAUUCGCCUUGGCUGGCGAAAGAGCGUGUUAUAAUAGCAUAUCUAGUCGAGGAGAUCAACUGUUGAUUUUGGGAACGAGGGCUGUGCAUAUGGUUAAAUUAAGGAGUUGGUCCGAGAGGCUGUUUUACCUCAGCGAACAAGGCCGUUGGGCGGAGGCGCUGAACUUGGCGUCCGCUGAAGGACCAAGUAGGGAAAAAUUUACAGUACCAUUGAUCAACAGAUACUUGGAGAGUUUGACGAUAAAUCCAGUGGAAAAAGACAGCUUGACAGCCGCUGUAAAUUGCUGCAUAAAGCUGGGGAAAAUUGAUAUAUUAUGCAAUGAACUGUUCGAUGUAAUCUCGACGAACCAACAUCAAAAAGACUGGUAUUUGUCGUUACUAACAGAUCAGAUUUGCGCGGGAUCUUUAACGGUUCUGUUACCGCAAACCGCUCAAUUACUAGUCAAAUAUUUAGAGGAUAAAGACGAGCAAGCUUUAGAAAAUGUAUUAUUAUCGUUAGACGUCGCCUGUUUAGAUCUACACCAAGUUCUAAAGAUUUGCAAGAAAUUAAAACUGUAUAACGCUUGGAUACACAUUACUACUGGAACGUUGAAAGAUUACGCCGGACCUCUGACUGAAUUCCUCCACGAUUUAACUCCAAAUAAUCAUAAAUUAGGCAAUAUACUGUUAGUCUACGUUUCAUCUUGUUUGGCCGGGCUGGGUUACCCGACGGGUAAUAUACCACCAGAAGAGGUCCCUAGAGUGAAACACGACGUCUUAAGAUGUCUCGAAACGACCCAUUCCAUUAACUACCCUCCAGACGAGCCGACAUAUCCCUACUUAAGAGCCCUACUUAAGUACAACACGAGAGAAUGCCUCAACGUCGUCGAAUUGGCCUUCUCCCAGCCGGAAUUCUCCGGCGAAAUGGGCCUUUUACAGCGCCAGCGGUUGGUUCAAAUCCUGCUGCAGAUCGUGAAGCCCGGGGAUUUCUCCGAUAGCCAAGUGAUAAAUUUAGCGUGCUUCGUAUCGAGGCUGGUGGUUUCGAACAACAUUACAUUGGACAAUCACGUGCUGGAUUCCGCCAUAAAGUCUCUGACGGAAACGAGCGAUUCGAUAUCGUUGAGGGAUCGAACGGAGAGAGAGCAGGCCUGGCUCGAUCUCUUGAAUCUCAACAAAAUGAAUCAUCUGAAAACUAGUCAUUUGUUAGCUUUAGCUUUGGAAUCGAAAACGUACAGGGUCGCCGAGCGAUUAUACGAAAUCCAAAAGGACUAUUCCGACGUAAUAAACUGUUACUUGCAGGACCCAGUGAGGAAGUUCGAAGUGUUUAACUACGUUUUCAAACACAUUAGUGCGCCCGAGAGACUUAUAAAGGAACAGUUUUUAGGCAAUUUCAAGCGAUUGGUCGAAAUAAGCGCUAAGAAAACCGUGGAAGUAGUGUCGGAGUACUUCCAAAAUCUAUUAGACGAAUUCUGCGAUAUACUCGAAGACGAUGGCAAAUUGCAGUACGAAUUUCUGAGCGAAUUAGUACAGUUAGAUAUAAAGCUGACGUCCCAGUUGGCGGAGAAGUACUUGCACCAGUUGUGUUCGAUGAACAGAAACGAAGUAUGCAAUUACUUGAAAUCGAGUAAUUGCAGGAACGACGAGGCUUUAGAAAUCGUUAGGAAAUUCCAGAUACACGAAGCCGAAGCUCUAUUAUUAGAAAGAAGCGGCGAAUGGACGGAAGCUCUUCGGUUGCUGCUCGAGCAAAACAUGUUGGAAGAAGGGAUCAGUUUGUGUAUUAGAGGAGUGGAGCAUUUAGAUAACGAAGAAUCGCAGAAACUCUGGUUGACUCUACUGCAAAGCCGGAAAAGUAAUUCUGGUGUAUCGCUCAGGCAGCUACUCCACGCGGCUGCGCCCCACGUGCCUCCCGAUCAAAUGCUCAAUCUAGUAACCAACGCUAGUUUCGGAGAUGUCAGAGGAUUACUGCAAGGAAUGUUGAACGAUUACACGUACGAUAUCGCUACCUUAAACACCACAUUCAAAUUGCUCGGUAAAGAUUUACAUUACGGUUUAGUCAAGCAGAUUUCGGGCAACGGUAGAGGAGUGUCCGUCUCUAAUACGACUUGUACUUUAUGCCAAAAAUUGCUGUAUCGCAAGGAGCUCGAUAAGAACGAAUCGUUCUACGUGUGGAGCUGCGGGCAUUGUUUUCACGCUUCGUGCGUUAGAGCCGCUGAGAUAAAUAACGCUUGUCCCCAGUGUCGACUCAAAGGGGCUUUGUUACCAAAGAAGAAUAAGAAAAUCGAAAAUCCGGAUAAGUAUAUGUUGAACGGUCACGUUAGACCUGAUCUGGAGGGCCAUUUCUGA